UUGUUGUUGUUUCCCAUUUGAUAUUUAAGGACAUGUGCCAGACUGGGGCAGUCAGAGUACUGGUAGGAUCUCAGGUUGUUCGGCAACACUUGGUUUUUGAAAAUGAUGAGAAAAAUGCUUGCUAUCUUACUAAUCGCAGGCGCUUGCAACGCCUAUCCACACGAAGACGAGCGUAUUAUAGAACCAAUACCAAACCCUAUCAGCCCAGAAAAAGACUUAGUCAACCCAGAAAGAGGGCCUUUGGAACCCGACGGCCCUAUCAACCAGGAGAGAUACCUAGUCGACCCCGUAAGAGGCCAGCUUUUUGAUGAAGGCCCUGUUAACCCGGAAACGAAUCCUGUUGACCCAAAAAGAGACCCUUUGCCUGUCGAGAACGGGCCUGUUCCUACCGAGGUCCCUGAAGACAUCCCUGGCUCGCAGAACGGCCCUAAACCUGAUGAGUCAGACCUGAAAACAGAUGCUACCUUCUGGUGGCCUUUCUACAGGUCUUGGUGGGGAUAUCCUACCUACAGAUCUUAUUACUCGAGCUACCCUACCUACAGGACGUAUUGGAGCUAUCCUACCUACAGGUAUUACAGACCAAGAACAUACUACAGUUAUUACUACUGGUAAAGGUACAGCGCGCCCUGGCCGUGAAAAUUUCCAAAUACCUCUUAUAAUGUAUAAAUAUUCAAAACAGUCGUGACCUCAUGACAAAUCAUUAAAUAUGAUCAACUUUA